AUACGCGCAGCGCGUCUCAUUUCUUCACUACACCAGCACGCCAUCAAUUAGCGAUUUAUCAGGCACGCUGCCAUUGGAAACGAUGGCGCAAAGUAAUGACGCAAAGCGCGCAACAACCGUCAUUACCAUCGCACAGCUCAAGUUCAAGCAAGGCGUGAAGAAGGCAGAAACCGAGGCCCGUCUUCCUCCUGUCUCUGUGGAGAGCUGUUCCCAGCUGUUCGGCGCUAUUGAUGCUGUUCUUGCACAGAACACACCCGUGAAUAUCCAGACAUGCACAGAGUGGAUUGUCAAGCACAUGGCUCCCUCUAGGAUCCGCAUUGCAGUGCUCGGAGAUUACUUGGUAUCAUUAUCCAAGUCGCUGGUCUUUGACACAUCGGUGACAGGCAAGAAGGCUGUGCGCAAUCGACUGGACCUUCUCUUGGUCCUCAACGAUGCGCUUCAUACUGACAAGCACCAUGACAGUAGUUCCACAAGACGUGGCUUGCUUGGUACCGAGCUGACGUCUCAUCUUGCCGAGCUCGUUGAGUUGGCAGCAAUGUGCGCUACAGGGAAGGACUCCCAGGUGGAGAAGAAGCUGAGGGCUAUUGUUAAUUAUUGGGCUACUAACAGGCUUAUCAGUGAACAAGCAUACAAGAUUAUCAGGGAGCGGGCAGACGAGGGCUUUCUGCAGGCGCGAGGUGGCACUCCUGUGCGUAAGCGCCACUAUCUUCUACCAGAGUAUCACGGCGACCGGACGGCACCCUGGUACGAGCUGCCAGCAUCGUACAUGCUUGGCCAAAUGGUCAAAUCUCGACACCUGCCCCUCGAUCCGCACCGUAUCAAGGUGGCUCGGUUUGACAAGAAGCCUGCCUCGGCCCACGUUCGCAAGCUACUUGACGACUACUUCGAAAACAUCGAUCUCAAGCACGCACCGACCGGCGACAACCCGACCGGCGAAACGAAAAAGUACAAUACGUGGUUGGAUUCUAUGGGGCAACUUGUCAAGCGAGACAAGGAGACAGGUGAUGUGACAACCGCAACCAACGGCUACGGAUGGUCUAUGAAGUUCUGUCAGGACAUGCAGAAAGAAGGUAUACCUGAGAGCAUUAAGACCCUACGGGAGGAUGCUGAGCGUAUGGAGACUGUAUCACAGAAGGAGCGCGAACCGAGGCGCUACUCCCGCUCACCCCGACGGCACCGGCGGUCGUCUUCAUCCUCGCGUGAGCGCGACAUGGAUCGCCGCAGUCGAAGUGGUAGCUACGCUUCAAGGUCAUCUUACGAAAGUCACUCGCGAUCACGCAGUCGGCACCACCGUCGCCGCAGUCGAUCACCACGGACCGAUGAGAGAGGCCGCAUCGACCGUGACAGGAACUUUGAUGAUCGCCAGAAUGAGAGUAGACGGCCACCACCGAGGCCAUUGGAGAGAGGUCAAUCACAGUCGAGUGGGCACUGGAAUGUGCAGCAAGCACCAACUCACACUAGUCAGGGCACCCCUAGCAACAGCCAAUACCCACACCAGAGUUUCACACCCAACUUCUCACAAGCCUCACAGCCGCCAUUCAAUGCGCCACCGUUCCCACAACCACCGAUGCCAACCCAGUUCCCGGGGCCGUUUCCUAUGCAGCCAUUUCCCCCGCCACCCCCACCGAUGUCAUUCCAGGCACCGGGAGGGUUCCCGAACGGUAUCCCACCCCCUCCGCCAAACUUCAGCGGCCCAUUCCCACCCCCACCUCCAAACGUUGCUGCGAUGCCAAACGUCCCGUACCCCUUCAAUAGCCAAUGGAACAACUUUCAGCAGGGAACCCCUCCCGGUUUUAACCAACAAGGUCAAGGUGCUUAUCAGAAUCAAGGAUUCAAUCAGAACCAGAGCCAAGGGCAAGGCGGCUUCCAAGGCGGUCGUGGUGGAUUUGGAGGAAAUCAGCAGAGCGGUGGUAACUUCAAUAAGAGAGGCAACUAUGGUGGUCGAGGACAACGAGGGGGACGAUGGAACUGAGAUAGUCAGCAGUCGCGGAUCACGUCGUCAUUUGAGCCCCUCGAAUAGUCUGCGUAGCGAUCUGAACAUUUCAUAGAGCAACCAGAGCAGUCCCUUUCUUCGAUUGACUAAUGUGUUUGUUUCCAUGACUUACUCUCACCUUCACUAAGUAUUGAUCAAUUCCAGUUUUAGUUGCAUG